UCUGCAAGCCCGCACCCGCUCCAUUCCUUGAGCCGGUGUGCCCGUGUCCUGCUCCAAGGGGGCCCUUGACCAUCUUCGUCGCGCCCGCGUGAAACACCACAUUCCACAGGCACGCUCAGCGACGUGACCUACAAUCCAACGCCUCGAGUUUCAACCCUCUCCUCUGCAACCAAGACUGUCGUCAGUUGCUUGCUUGCCGCCCCGGCCGAGCCUCUCUCCCUCAUCGAGGAGCCUUCUCGACCACUGGCCAAACCACUUCCAGGCGACGAAGGCAGCCUGCGCAGGCUUUUGAUUGGACCACCUUCCAUCGAGCCUGCUACCCACGUCGUCGCUUCGACUGUCCUCGACACCCUCGACGACGCCGUAUCGCUCGCCCACCGCCUCUUCGGCCUCCCCGCCUCUUCCGCCCUCUCCGCCCCAGCACAACUUCGACAGAAUGGUCUCGUCAUUUUUCACAGCCGCCCUCGCGGCGGCAUCGCUCUUCUCUGCUGUCUACGCAGACCCGAUGCCGAACCCCGUCGCCGCACCCAACCCAGACAGCGUAAAGUCCCAAACCUCCACGCCAACCUACACGGGAGCCCUCCACUCGAUGACUUACAAGGGUUGCUUUGACUCUUCCGAACCCCUAGAAGACCAAGGCGAGUACACCUACCAGACCCAAGGUAACUGCCAGCCCGUCUGCGUUGGUCUGGGCAACUCGGUCAUGGCCCUCGUCAACGGUACCAACUGCUACUGCGGAAACAAGCUGCCGGCAAAGUCCUCUAGGCAGUCAAAUGACGACAAAUGUGACACGCCUUGCAACGGUUUCGACAAGGACAACUGCGGUGGAAAUAACUAUUGGCAGGUUUACCUGACGGGAAUUAACAACAAUGAUGUGGACUACUACGAUGGCGGUUCGUCAACUUCGUCCGGUCUGUCGACUAGCACGAGCAUGUCUCAGGGCACGCCCGUCCUCGUGACCGUCAGCGCCGGAUCGACCGUCAUCGUUACCCAGGGCCCGUCCUCCGACAGUGGAAAGUCCAGCGGUAGCUCCAGCACAGCUGGUAUCGCUGCUGGCGUCGUGGUUGGUGUCGUCGUUCUUGCUUCAAUCGUCGGCGGUGUCUUCUUGUACCUCCGCCACAAGCGCAGGAAGGAGAUCGAGGACGAGCACCGCGCGCGCCAGAGCGUCAACAACUUCGUUGCCACUGGCAAGCACCCCAACGCGCACUCCAUCAAUGACAACAUUCUGGACCCCACGUUUGCGAGGAGGAUGAGCAACGGCAGCGUCGCCGACAACCAAGACUACUCAAGAAGGAUCCUCCAGGUGAGGAAUCCCGACGAUGACUAG